UGUAAACCCGGAAGCGGAGCGAGGGCGCAGUCCUGGGUUUUUCUGGUUCAAACCGGGUCUUUGAGGCGCCCCCCAGGCCCCCAAUCCGCCACACCCGAGGCUCUGGGGUCGUCACGUACGUUGAAACCCCCUCAUCCGCUCGUUCCGCGCCCGGAUUGACUUCUCAAGACCAAUCUUUGCCUGAGGAAGAAACCUAGAAGAGGAGGAAGAGGAAAGAACAGGAAUCAGCAAUGGCUCUUUCUCAGGGACUGUUGACAUUCAGGGAUGUGGCCAUCGAAUUCACUCAGGAGGAGUGGGAAUGCCUGGACCCUGCUCAGAGGGCCUUGUACAGGGACGUGAUGUUGGAGACCUACAGGAACCUGCUCUCCCUGGGUGAGGAUAACGUCCCUCCAGAAGUUGGGAUCUGCCCUAAUAUCUCCAUUAGGUUUAUGACCAAGGAAUUAUUACCGAAGAAUGACAUUAAUAACAGAGAAAUAUACCAACCAGUGGUCUUGGAAAGACUUGGAAGCCAUGGUAUUGAGGAUUUUGACAUCAGGAAAGUCCGGGGAAAAAUGUAUGAAUUUGAGAAUAAGUGUGGAUACGAAGAAAGAAAUUCCAAAGGAGUGCUUAUGACAGAUACGAUAAAUCUCACUGAUAUAAAAGAUAAACAAGACAGCAAACCCUGGAUUAAUUUACCUUUAAAACAAAGUGUUUCUUUAAGAAAAAGUGCAUGCCAAUAUUUAAAAAAUAGGAAGUCAUUUAUAAAGAAUUUGUUAAAAAUAAAAAAUAACAUAGUUUAUGCCAGAAACAAGUAUACAAAAGGUUUUGAAAAUAGAACUGGAUUAACUGUUCAGUCACAUCUGGCAUCUCUGGCUGAACUGCAGAGGUUUCAAACUGAAGAGAAAAUUUAUGAAUGUAAUCAAGGUGAGAAACCUAUCAGAACUUGUUCCUCAGUUUUAUCACUUCAAAGAUUUCCUCCUAGUGUCAAAACCAACAUUUGUAAUAAAUAUGGAAAGGUUUUCAUGUAUCCUUCAUUGCUUACACAGCAACAGAAAGCAAACAUUAGAGAAAAAUUGUACAAAUGUAAUGAAUGUGGAAAGACUUUUAGCCAUCAUUCAGUCCUUACUAGUCAUCAGAGAAUUCAUUCUGAGCAGAGACCUUACAAAUGCAAUGAAUGUAGUAAAGCCUUUAAACAGUUCUCAAACCUCACAAGACAUCAGAGAAUCCAUACCGGAGAGAAACCAUAUAAAUGUAAUAUAUGUGACAAGAUCUUUAAUCAAAAUUCCCACCUUACAAAUCAUUGGAGAAUUCAUACUGGAGAGAAACCACAUAAAUGUAAUGAAUGUGGUAAGGCCUUUAUCAAAUGUUCAGACCUUUGGCGUCAUGAGAGGAUUCAUACUGGAGAGAAACCUUACAAAUGUAAUGAGUGUGGUAAGGGUUUUACCAAACGUUCAUAUCUUUGGGAUCAUGAGAGAAUUCAUACUGGAGAGAAACCAUACAAAUGUAUUGAAUGUGGCAAAGUUUUUAGGCAGUGGUGUACCCUCAGGAUUCACCGAAGAAUUCAUACUGGUGAGAAACCUUAUAAAUGUAAUGAAUGUGGCAAAGCUUUUAAGCAGUGCUCACACCUGACUAAGCAUCAGAAUGUACAUCCUGGAGAAAAGCCACACAAAUGUACUGUGUGUGGGAAGGCUUUUAUCCAUCUUUCAAGUCUGGUGAAACAUCAGAAAAUUCAUACUGGAGAAAAACCAUACAAAUGUAAUGAAUGUGGUAAGGCUUUCGUCCAAAGUUCAAGUCUUAUAGAACAUCAGAGAAUCCAUACUGGUGAGAAACCUUACAAAUGUAAUGAGUGUGGCAAAGCCUUUACUGUGCGUUCAAGCCUAACUAAACAUAAAAGAAACCAUACUGGAGAGAAACCUUACAAAUGUAACGAGUGUGGCAAAGCCUUUACUGUGCAUUCAGGCUUAACUAGACAUAAAAGAAACCAUACUGGAGAGAAACCUUACAAAUGUAAUGAGUGUGAUAAAGCCUAUACACAAUUUGUACACCUUACUAGACAUCAGAAAAUACAUUCCCAAAAGAAAAAUCAUGAAUCUGGUAUACCUGAUAAGGCUUCUAUUCAGAGCUCAAGCUUGGAGGAUCAUCAGAGAAUUCACGGUAGAGAGAAACCUUACAAAUGUAAUGUAUGUGGAAAAUCCUUUAACUGGUGUUCACGCCUUACCCGACAUCAGAGGAUCCACACUGGAGAGAAACCAUAUAAAUGUAAUGUAUGCAGCAAGGCCUUUAGUCAAAACUCAAACCUUACAAUUCAUCAGAGAAUCCAUACUGGAGAGAAACCUUACAAAUGUAAUGAAUGUGGCAAAGCCUUUAAGCAGUACUCAAGCCUCACUAAACAUCAGAAUAUACAUCCUGGAGAGAAACCACACAAGUGUAACGUGUGUGGUAAGGCUUUUAUCAAACGUUCACACCUCUGGGGUCAUGAGAGAAUGCAUACUGGAGAGAAGACAUACAAAUGUACCGAGUGUGGCAAGACAUUUAGACAAUGGUCUGACUUUAGGAUUCACCAAAGAAUUCAUACUGGAGAAAAACCCUUAGAAAUGUAAUGAAGGGUGUAAACCAUUUAAUCAUCUUAAACAACAGACUAUACACAGAUAACUUACACUAGGGAGACUAAGUCUCUAGUCCUAGGUUAAUCAAUUUCAGAUGUUAAGUUCUUCACAGUUGUUAAAAUUACUUGAAAUUUAUGAAAUGAUAGGUGUUGGUAGAGCAAGGAGAUCUUUGGGAAUGUACCAUUUCCUCUUUCAAAAAAUACUUUCAUUAUAUGAAGUUUCUUGAAAAGGCUGUAUUACUUACUAUUGAUGUCUUUCAACCUAAAGUUUAAAAUUUAUUGAUGUUAUGGCUUUGUCACAUGCUUUUUCUCGUGUUACCAUGAUGGGCUCUGCGAAGGGAUCAUUAAGAUAAAAGAGCCUACUUUUAUUAGGUGGGGAUCAUUCACAUACAUGUUUCCUGAAGGAACAAGGACACUGAAUUUUAACACACAAUAUUGUGUUUUUGAAUGAGAGCAUGGGAAACAUAUGUAAAACAAUGAUGAAAAAAUAAUAAUUUCAGAUCCUCUUCUACAGAUUUGUUGGUACAAGAGAGGACCCACUGGAUUAUCAGAAACCACAGCUCUACCAGUUGAAUACGAAACAGAGCAGCCCUUAAGAUUAAGAAAUGAGAUUUUCAUGAGAACAGGAUGAUAGGUUAGUAGGGACUGCUUAUGUAGUAGAAAUAAUGGAGAGGAAAUGAAGAAAAUAGCUGUUGUAUGUCAAAGAUGAGUGAAAAUUUAGUCUUAUUCUUAGUAACUAAAGAGAGCAAUUAUCAGAGGGGAGAACUUAAUCAAGACACCCAGAAUGCAGUGCACAUGUGUAGGAUUCACAUUUCACAACUGUAUCACUUUGAUGCCAUUUUACUCAAGAUGUGUCACAGUUGUCAUGUUUUAUUAAUAAAAUUUAAUCAUUUUAAAACUCUAAAUUUUUUUUUCCUAUUUUAUCAAGCCUAUGCCACCUCACUGUGGUACUUCAUAACAAAUACUAACAGUAUAUCUUUAGGCCGUCAAGGUUGAAUGGCACCUGCAAUAAUUUCUUCACAUGGUGGA